AUGGUCAAAGGGAUGUACGAGAAGUUUGUUAUUCAAAUUUGUGUCCGCAUCUACUCAUUCACCUCACCAGAAAAAGGGAGAACACUUGGGAGGAAAGAUUACCUUCGACGAACUGAUGUCAAGCAGUCGCCCACAGCCAAACUGCUGGGAGUGGUGUUCGACCAAGGACUCCGCUGGAAAGAGCACGUCCAGCAGGCCAUCAAACUCGCCACGAAAACGAGCAUCGCUCUGAACGGACUACGACACCUGCGGCCUGAGCAAAUGCGACAACUCUACCAAGCGUGUGUCACACCAGUCGUGGGCUAUGCAUCAACGAUCUGGCAUGAUCCGCUUCGAGACAAGACUCAUUUGCGCCAUUUGCACACAGUGCAGAGAACGGCAUUGGUUCGGAUUCUGUCGGCCUUUCGAACAGUAGCAACCACAGCCCUCGAAAUGGAAGUCCACGUACUUCCCACGCACCUCCGCCUUCGCCGUCGAGCACAGCGCACCAUUGAACAAUAUCGGAUCAUGUGCACGCCUUCCCCUGGGGGAAGCGUUGAAAUCCAUAAUGUUGACAGGCUCAACGAGCUCGAAACGACCGGUGGUCGGUCCACGUCGCGGAACUCGUGGGCAUCUUCUACGCGGUGA